UUUUGUAUCAUUAGCAUUCUUUGAAACAUGAAAAAAGACAACCAAACAAUUGUAGACGUAUUCCUCCUCCUGGGUCUGUCAGAAGACCCAAAGUUGCAGCCCAUGAUUUUUGGACUGUUCCUGUUCAUGUAUCUUGUCACAGUGCUUGGGAACCUGCUCAUCAUCCUUGCUAUCAACACCGACUCCAAACUCCACAGUCCCAUGUACUUCUUUCUGUGUAAUUUAUCUUCCACUGACAUUUGUCUCAUCUCCACCACGGUCCCUAAGAUGCUGGUGAAUAUCUUGAAGCAUAGCAGCACUAUCAGUUAUGUGGGCUGCCUCACCCAGAUCUGCUUUGUUGUGAUGUUUUCUGGAUUUGAAAACUUCCUUCUUGCAGUGAUGGCUUAUGACCGUUACAUGGCCAUUUGCUAUCCUCUUCACUACACAGGCAUCCUCAAUACUCACGUCUGUGUUCAGCUAAUUCUGUUCUCUUUGGCCAUUAGUAUUACAGAUGCCCUACUUCAGAGUCUGUCAUUGCUACAGUUGUCCUUCUGCACAAACAUGGAAAUUCAUCAUUUCUUUUGUGAACUUGUUCAGGUCCUCAAACUUGCUUGCUCUGACACAUUCAUCAAUAACAUACUGGCCUAUGUAGUGACUACCAUAUUGGGUGGUAUUCCUCUUUUGGGGAUUAUUUUAUCAUACAUUAAAAUUGUCUCCUCCAUUUUUAGAAUGUCAUCAGCUGGAGGAAAAUACAAAGCUUUUUCUACUUGUGGAUCUCAUCUCUCAGUUGUUCUCCUGUUCUAUGGGACAGGUUUUGGGGUGUAUAUUAGCUCUUCAGUUAGUGACUUACCAAAGAAUUCUGCAAUAGCCUCAGUAAUGUAUGCUGUUGUCCCUUCAAUGAUGAACCCUUUUAUCUACAGCCUGAAGAACAAGGAUAUGAAGGAGGCCUUGAAGAAGUUCAUGAGACGAUCUCCUGUUUUAUGA